AAACAGUUAAUCAUCCGAUUUGUUUGCACAAGUAUUAAAAAAAUGAGGACAAUAUUUUUUCUGCCACUUUUAGUGGCUCUUUGUGCUAGCAAUGCUAUUGAGAGAAAACAUAAACCAAAACUAGAUUGGUGGCAGACAACUAUUUUUUAUCAAAUCUAUCCUCGAUCGUUCGCUGACAGCGAUGGCGAUGGCAUCGGUGAUCUAAACGGUAUCACAUCAAAACUGGGAUAUAUCAAGGAAAUCGGUGUUGGAGCUAUUUGGUUAUCACCUAUGUUCCAGUCACCCAUGUACGACUUUGGAUACGAUAUCUCUGACUUUUACGCCGUUCACGACGAAUAUGGUACCAUGGAAGACUUCGAAGCCUUGAUUGCAAGAGCUGAACAAGUAGGAAUCAAAGUUGUAUUAGAUCUCGUACCUAACCACUCGUCCAAUGAAAGUGAAUGGUUUCAAAAAGCUCUGCAAGGUGAUGAAAAAUACUAUAAUUACUAUGUUUGGGAAGAUGGUGUUAUUGACGAGGAUGGAAACAUGCAACCCCCAAAUAAUUGGCUGAGCCACUUCCACGAUAGCGCCUGGGAAUACAAGGAAGAAGUUGGAAAGUAUUACCUGCACCAAUUCGUAGUAGGCCAACCUGAUCUCAACUACAGAAACCCUGAUGUCGUCGAAGAAAUGAAUAACGUUGUUCGUUUUUGGAUCGAAAAAGGAGUUGCCGGAUUCAGAGUUGAUGCUGUGAAUUGCCUGUUUGAGGUGGAUAAAAAUUUAUGGGGUGGCAAGUAUCCCGAUGAACCACUGUCAGGAGCUCUUGGAGUUGCUUUAAAUGAUCAUGAUUCGCUCGAACAUAUCUUUACAAAGGACCAAAAUGAAACUUAUUACGUUGUUUACGAUUGGAGAGAUAUUCUUGAUGAAUAUAAAGCUAAGGAUGGAUUGACCAGAGUAAUGAUGACUGAAGUGUACGCUAAAAUUCAAGAUGUUGUAAAGUAUUACGGAGAAGGGGAUAGAGAGGGAGCUCAAAUACCUUUUAACUUUGAUUUGAUCACGGAUGUUGAUGGGUCAUCAUCUGCAAAUGAUAUCAAAAGAGCUAUCGAUAAGUUUUUGACAUACAAGCCUGUUGACAAAGAUGCUAACUGGGUGAUUGGAAAUCAUGAUAACAACCGUGUGGCAAGCAGAUACCACCCUGAGUUGGUUGAUGGUCUUAACAUGAUCAUCUUGCUUCUGCCUGGAGUGGGAGUAACAUAUAUGGGUGAAGAACUUGGUCUUGUUGAUGGCUAUGUUAGCUGGGAGGAUACCGUUGAUCCUGCUGGAUGCAAUCCUAAUGAUCCUAUCAAUUAUGAAAAGUGGUCUAGGGACCCUGAGAGGACUCCAUUCCAAUGGAGCGCUGAGAAAAAUGCAGGCUUUUCCACUGCUGACAAGACCUGGUUGCCAGUAGCUGAAGGAUAUGAGACGUUGAACGUGGAAGUGCAAAGAGCAGCUGAGAGGUCUCAUCUGAAGGUCUACAAGGCUCUGGCUGCUUUACGACAGGAGGACGUAUUCAGAUAUGGACGCUACGAAUCACUGGCAUUAAACCAGGAUGUCUUAGCUUUCAGAAGAUGGUAUAGCCAUAAAAUCUACAUAGUAGUCGUGAACACGAAAGAUUCAGACUAUGUAUUGGAUUUGACAUACUUUGAAGAUGUGGAAGACGACCUUGCAGUUGUGCUUAGUAGCAUAGAGUCGGAGAAAAAAGAAGGGGAUAAAUUUAAAGCUAAUGCAGUGCCUAUUGCUGGUUACGAAGCGCUUGUCCUCAGAAAGAAAUAAAUAAAUUAU